UAAUAUGUGUUAGUGAUCAAGUAUGUUUUGUUUGAAUUUUUAAUUGGUGUUGUUGAGGUGGUUAGUUGUAUUUUUGUUUGGCCAUGGAGGGUAUCACUAGCUGUCUCUUAAGUUUUUCUCUGGCACUUCUCAGUCUUUGUGUCUGUGACCAUUUUGGAAGUGUUGGUGGCUUUGUCAGGAGUCGUUAUCCUAUGUACUAUGAGGCUGGUUUCCCCAUGCAGGAUGUGAAGCCACGAAGUUCCUACAGCUAUUAUGGGGCUGAUUUAUCAAAUCCCACAAGUCCUCAAAGAUCAAGGAGUAACACUUACAGUGCUGCACAGGUUAAGGGUGUGUAUAGCAGUGUAAACUCAAAUUCUGUAUUGGAGUCUAUGGACCAGUCCAGUGGUCUACAAUCAGCCCAAGCCAGCUCUCAGUCUGUGGACCAGUCUGGCAUCCAAGCCGGCUCACAAUCUGUUGAACUGUCAGGUAGUCUGCUGUCAGCCCAAACUAGCUCUCAGUCUGUGGACCAAUCUGGCAUCCAAGCCAGCUCACAAUCUGUUGAACUGUCAGGUAGUCUGCUUUCAGCCCAAGCCAGCUCUCAGUCUGGCCUCCAAGAGCCAGCCCAAGCCAGCUCACAGUCUGUGGAUGAGUCUGGCAUCCAAGAACCAACACAAUCUAGCUCAGAGUUUGUUGACCAGUCUGUCACCCAACAACCAGCACAAGCUAGCUCACAGUCUGUUGACCAGUCUGGCAUCCAACAACCAGCACAAGCUAGCUCACAGUCUGUUGACCAGUCUGGCAUCCAACAACCAGCACAAGCUAGCUCACAGUCUGUUGACCAGUCUGGCAUCCAACAACCAGCCCAAUCCAUCUCUCAGUCUUUGGACCAGUCUGGCUUCCAACAACCAGCACAAGCUAGCUCCCAGUCUGUGGACCAGUCUGGCAUCCAACAACCAGCCCAAUCCAGCUCACAGUCUGGCCUGCUGUCAAGCCAGCAACAAGCCAGCAACCAGGUUGUGCCCCAGCUUAGUUUCCAAAAAUCAACACAAACUGGCUCCCAAUCAGUGAAUGGCCCCAGUAGUCUGCAGACAGUACAAGCCCACUACCAGUCUGUGUCCCGGCCCAGUGGUCUGCAGACAGCACAAGCCCACUACCAGUCUGUGUCCCGGCCCAUUGGUCUGCAGACAGCACAAGCCCGCUACCUGUCUUUGUCCCGACCCAGCGGUCUGCAGCCAGUAACAGCUCGCUACCAGUCUCUGUCCCAGCCCAGUGGUCUGCAGUCAGGCCAAGCCAGGUACCAGUCUGUGUCCCAGCCCAGCAGUCUUCAGUCAGCACAAACCUAUUACCAGUCCAGUGGCCUACAGUCCGGCAUCCAACAACCAGCCCAAGGCAGGUACCAGUCUCUGUCCCAGCCCAGCGGUCUGCAGACAGCCCAAGCUGGCUACCAUUCUCUGUCCCAGCCCAGCAGUCUGCAAUCAGGACAAGUCAGCUACCAGUCUGUGUCCCAGCCCAGUGGUCUGCAAUUAGGACAAGCCAACUACCAGUCUGUGUCCCAGCCGAGUAGCCUGCAGUCAGCCCAAGCCGGUUACCAGUCUCUGUCCCAGCCCAGCGGUCUGCAAUCAGGACAAGUCAGCUACCAGUCUGUGUCCCAGCCCAGCGGUCUGCAGUCAGCCCAAGCCCGCUACCAGUCUGUGUCCCAGCCCAGCGGUCCACAGUCAGCCCAAGGAGGAUACCAGUCUGUGUCCCAGCUCAGCGGUCUGCAGUCAGCCCAAGCCAGCUACCAGUCUGUUUCCCAUCCGAGUGGGCUGCAAUCAGGACAAGCCCGCUACCAGUCUGUGUCCCAGCUCAGUGGUCUGCAGUCAGCCCAAGCUAGAUACCAGGCUGUGUCCCAGCCCAGCAGUCUGCAAUCAGGACAAGCCCGCUACCAGUCUGUGUCCCAGCCCAGUGAUCUGCAGUCAGCCCAGCCAGAUACCAGGCUGGGUGUCCCAGCCCAGCGGCCUGCCAGU